AAGGCCAGGCAAAGAGCUCUUUUCUUCUCUGAGAUGAAAUCAGGCUCUGAUGUGGGGUCCCUCUCUUAGGCCUCCAUCCCUGCGCUCUACGACACUGAAGCAACUAAGCUGGAUGAGUUUAUCUCCGACUCUCUUCAGCCCACUAAGCCAUUUCUGGACCAGGCGCGCAGCGUCGUGGACACCAUCUGUGCAUUCUUGAGGGAUAAAUGCUUCAAAAAUGUGCCCCAGCCCCAGCCCCGGGUGAUGAAGAUUGUUAAAGGAGGCUCCUUGGGGAACGGAAUGGCUCUGAAAGGGGGCUCAGAUGCUUCCCUCGUGGUGUUUCUGAGCACCCUCCAAGGCUCUGCAGCCCAGGAAAGAGGCGAGGAGGACGUCAUCCAGAAGAUUGAGGAGGGGCUUGGGCAGUGCAGCGUCCAGGAGCCAGCCGAAGUGGACAUCCAUCCUAAUCUGGUCCAGGGGAGGGCAAGAAAGACAGUCAAUGGUAUGAAAGACAUCUUGAAGGAGUAGGAGGUGGUUCGCCUAAAGAAGAGGAGACGGAGGGAUGUGUGUGGCUACAACUCUUCAAAUGUAUUUAUUAAUUAUGAUAUUUGUAUACAGUACCACAUCCAAGCAGAUUCCAGAGCGGUGAACAAGGAGAGAGGAAAUGAAACAGAGAUGAAAUGAUAAAAAGAUAAGAAAUAAAAUGAUAAAAGACAUGAUCCUGAGCCUGUUCAGAAAACACGCUAACCCAUGGAUUGCCCGCUAACCCUUUUUCAGCAAAUGGUUAGUGAACAUGUUUAAACCGUGGUUAUGUAGCCACCAUGGUUAGGGAUGGUUCACAUGACACGCUAAGGCAUGUGAAGGAGGGAGGAAGCAGCAGCCAGGCACCUCUCCACCGUGCCUGGGUCCAGCUCCAGCUGAGAGCCCCCUCCCUCCUGCUGUCAACUGUCUCUGG